AUGAGCACAUCACAGUGGAAUGUCAAGAUAUUCCCCCAGCAAGACUCGUCCGUUCGUGGUGCCUUUCGCUCGGCUUCUUCCGUGGCGUUGGGUGAGAUUGGCACACGAACACCCAACGUGAGCGCUGGCCAGUGGAUGGCCUUCCUAAACACGCACCUGCGACCACAUGUUCUCGAGGAGAGCGACCGCCUCCUCCUCACUGACAACGCGCUGUUCGAGGCGGUCAACCGCCUGCUUCUCCGAUUCUCCAGCGAUGAUGUGCUGCGCUACGUGGCCUGGUGGUUCGUCCAGGAAUACGCGGACAUCGCGUCGCCCCACGUCCACAGGAACGGGCUCGUCCGGGAGAAGUCCAGGCCUGUCCGGUGCUACGUAGCCGCGGAAAGCCGUUACCACUCGACGCUGUUCGCGGAGCGCGUCGCAUCGACUCUGAACCAGUCACACGUGGAAGCAGUCUUGGUCAUCUUUCACGACCUCAAGGCUGCCAUGUGUCGACUGCUAGGGUCCGCCAAAUGGAUGGAUGCGGAGGCGCGUAAGGAAGCCAUAGCAAUCGUCGAGAACGUCACGCUGGAUCCCUGGUUGACCACGCCGCUUUUUGCUGGCUCCCAAGUGGCCACUGAAAGCGCACCGAACGCGCCCAAUAUCCUGCCGGAAGCUGCGCGAACGGCCUUCGAUAUGUGGCUUGAAGCGGCACGGCAGCACAAGCGACUGUCUGCGAACUGGCCUCUGGAGGACACAAUGCUCCAGCGUCGCUCAAUCUACUCUCGCUUAGCAGAGUACAAUGCCUGGUGGAACAGCGUGUUCCUGCACCCGAGUGCCGUGAUGUACCCCUUGUUUUACUUGGGCGCGCCGCCAGCUGCCACCUACGGUGGCCUCGGCGCAAUCCUGGCACAGGAGGUAGCCAAAGCCUUCGACUUUCGGGUGGGCAGCUUCCUGGAUGCCAAGCGGAAGCAGCGUGACUGGUUCUCGCAGGGCGCUCGCGAGGCUUUCCUCGACAGGGCGGUGUGCGCAGAACGGGAUGCCGUCCUCAUGGAUGUGGCCGCCUUAGAGGCACUGCUCGAGAUGCGCCGAGGCAUUAUGCCUCGCGAGAGCAGCUACUACGCCCUUCCAGGUCACGGAACACAACUGACGCCAGAGACGCUGUUCUUUGUCACCUUCUGCCGUACCCAGUGCGGACUCGCCCUUGGUUGCAACGAGGUCGUGCGGCACGUCGCAGCUUUCGGCGAAACGUUUGGCUGUGCGACGCAGGCGGUCAAAUGUUCCUUCUUCAGUGACUAGAGGAUGCAACCGGCAGCAUGUGCACUGGUGUCCUACGUGAUCUGUUGUGCUUUUUAUCGCAGCGCAUUGACUUGCAUAUAUGAGUUUGGGUCGAAUGCUGACAAGGUAACCGAGGGCCAGCCUGAUAUUUAAACAAUAAAAUUUCCAUAAUCGUGUCAGCAUACUGCAAUGAUUUAGAUUUGCAGGUUGAUCAAGAACCUUAA